AUAGUUGGAUAGACUAUAGAACUGUUGGAUAGACUAUAGAACUGUUGGAUAGACUGACAGAACAUUUGAAACUAUUGUCAAAACUAUUGCUUUGUUUUGCGUUUAGAAUCGAAUUAAUCCAAGAAAUGGCCGAACAUUUGCCGAAACCGUUAACCAAUCCCUUGAAAUCGGCUCUCGAGUCGGAAGACCAUCAGUUAAGACACACGGAAACCGCCGAAAAGGUCAUUUUGCCGUCGGCUGAAGACCUGACACAAGAGCGCUCUCAACAGGCAUUGUUGGCGUCCAUCGAGUCGGCGGACAAAUCGCGACUCAAAUCGACGCAAACGCAGGAGAAAGUGGUGUUGCCGUCGGCGUCGGACAUCGCGACUGAGAAAUCGGCUUAAAAUCAGUUUUAAUGCUAUUUACAGUCUAAUAAAUCGGGUCACGUGGUGGCGUUGGUCACUCGCGCGGCAUUUGUUGAUUGGA